GGACUUUCUCAUUCUUCUGCUCGCUCAACUUUUCCUGGUAAGACAACAACUCUAUUCAUCUGUCAGAACAGAUCGACUCCUUCCUGCUCUUAAAGAAAAUGAGAACAAAAGCUGCUGAAGAGUCACGAUAGAUUUAAAGAAUAACAAUGACUCUGCAGUGGACGGCUGUGGCUCUCUUCCUCUAUGGAGAGAUAGUCGUCAGCCUCAUCCUGUGUAUACCCUUCAUAUCAGCACAGAGAUGGCGUUUGGUUUUCAACUGGAGAAUAUGGAACUGGUUAUCGCCAUAUUGGAACAGAUGCUUCUUUACUAUGAUCAUGGUCCUCAUUGUUCUCUUCCUUGAUGCCCUCCGUGAGGUGAGGAAGUACUCGGGGCCCGAGCCCAUGCAAGACGCCAACUUGAACCCCAAUUUGUACGACCAUGUGCUCAUGAAGCUGUUCAGAGCCCAGAGGAACCUCUACUUAUCUGGCUUCUCUCUCUUCCUCUGGCUCAUCAUGCGCCGGAUUGUCACCUUGCUAAACCAGGCUGCUGUCACACUGGAGAGCAGUGACGGCCUUCAGGCGCAGAUAGACAAUGCAGUCAAAGCGGCCAAGCAGCACCAGGAGGACAACCUGAAGCUCAAACAUGCGCUCCUGGAAGAGGAAAACUCCACGUCAUCAAAAAACCAGCAAGUGAGGCUAGAGGUGGAAGAGCUGGCAGGUCAACUGAAGACCGCGGACGAGGCCGUGCACAAGUCUCACGCUGAGGUAGAAGCCAUGAAGAGGCAGGCGAAAGGUCUGGCACAAGAGUAUGACCGACUACUGACGGAGCACCAUCAACUCCAGAAUCUCCAGAGUGCAGAAGACAAAAAGGAUCAGUAACCACAGGAACAGUCACAGUAGUCGUCUCUCCUCUGUCUUCUCGUUACAACUGUGUGCUAUGAGCAGUAGCUCACCACCACAUUUGUGUUGCACUUUUAUUUACCUACAUAUCUGAACUGAGGCACAUGUUUCAAUCGUCAGCAUUAAACACACAAAAGAAAAGGCUGAACGUACAUAAGGUGUUUUUGUGUAUUGCUCUAUUAUCUAUUCACUCGACAAAUGAAGGGAAAACAUCUCUUAAUAUUUCCUCAGGGUCUUGUGCUUAUCGGUAAUACUAAUAUUCAAUAAUAAUUAAUAACCCCAGACCACCACAGUUUACUGAAACAUGCUGCGUUAUCUCCAGUUUUGAUGGUAUUCAUGCUAAUGUUAAGUUGCUACUAUAGUGUGGCAUGUAUUUCACAUUUGUUUGUAUGUUUUAGAAGUUUUGAUAAAUAAAACCUGGACAAAAGCAGACCUUAUUCAUAUUAAAGUUUAAUCACAUGA